CCCCAACCCCUUGCCCCAACAGACCCCCCUUUCCCCUGGCUCCCAGAAACCUGUCCCCUAAGAAUAGAGAACUCUCUUCUUACCCACAGCUCCCAGCCUCCAGUCCUGCAGGCCAUCGGUGGCAACGAGGUGCCCAGCCCUGCUUCAAAGACUGAAGCUGGUGCUGGGAGAAUUAGAGAGAAGGGAGGGAGGGAACCGGGAGCGCCAGUCACCUGAGAGGGUAAGACAGCCCUACUGGCAGCUGUCCCCAGAGCACUACGCUUUCUGCUCUCUAGAGCUAAACAGCUGGAAAGUUGUUUCCAAAGAUACUUCCACACCAUAAGCCUUUCCUUAGAACAUGGAAAAAUGAACAAGCAAAAACCACUGAAAUAAGAGCAACUAACACGACAGCAAAACCUUGUCUGACAGCACAUGUAAUAUUCUGCACCCAUAACCCCCCCACAUCUCCAAAGAAAAGAAAGAGAAACAGUUUUCAGGAAGAAGUUGAUCAAGAAUGGCUUUAUCUGAUAAGCGACUUGAAAAUUUGCAGAUAUACAAAGUUCUUCAGUGUGUCCGGGAAAAAGAUAAGAAGCAGAUAGAGAAACUGACCAAGUUGGGAUACCCUGAACUUAUUAAUUUCACUGAGCCUACUAAUGGUGAUAGUGCCCUUCACUUGGCCUCUGUCUCAAAUGAUGUUGAUAUGGUCAGUUUUCUCCUUGAGCUGGGAGCUCAUCCUGAUGUGCAAGACCGAAUGGGCUGUACUCCAACUAUGAGAGCUGCAGAGCUGGGCCAUGAAUUAACUAUGGAAAAAUUGGCCAAAGCACAGGCGGACAUGACCAUAGUUGAUAAUGAAGGAAAAGGAAUUCUGUUUUACUGCUUAUUGCCCACCAAAAGACACUAUCGCUGUGUUCUGAUUGCCCUGGACAAUGGGGCAGAUGUCAACAAUUGUACAUUUGAUGGAAAGCCAGUAUUUCUUAACGCUUGUGAAGAAGCACAUCAAAUUAAAGACGUGUGUAUGAGAUUUUUGGAAAAAGGAGCCAAUCCAAAUGCAAUUAAUUUGUCAACAGGUAGAACUGCAUUAAUGGAAGCUGCAAGAGAAGGAGUGAUAGAUGUGGUUCGAGGUAUACUUGAAAGAGGAGGAGAUGUUAAUGCUUAUGACAACGAGAGACUCCAUGCUUCACAUUUUGCUGCCAAAGGAGGCUAUUUUGAUAUACUGAAGCUUAUUUCUGCUUAUAAUGGAGAUGUGGUGGGGAUUAUUGCAAUGAAUGGAAAUACACCACUCCAUUACGCUGCCAUGGGUGGUUUCGCAGAAUGCUGUAGAUUUAUAGCUCAACGAGGAUGUGACCUAAAAUGGAAGAACUUAGACCACAAGACACCAAGAAAUGUUGCUAAAGAAAGUGGCUUCAAGGCAGCAUCCAAAGAAAUACGCAAAGCUGAGAGAAUUGCCAAAAAAUUAGCCAAGCCUGGAGUUAAAAAUCCAAAUUCACCCUGGGCUAUCAGAUUACAUGACUGGUCUUAUGAACAUGAAAAAGAAUUGCGAGAUGUCUUUGCUCCUAUGGACCGUGGUGAUGGAACUCUAACUAAAGAGGACUUUAUAAUGGUGCUUGAAGAAAUGCAGAACUUUGCAAGCAGUGAAGAUCUAGUCACUAUUGCACAGCACCAUGAAAAAAGCCGAGGAGCAGGUGUUAACAUUAAUGAAUUCUUUAAAGGGACCAGAUAUUUGCAAAAGUCUUUUGUUCUGGGAUCCUAUGGACCCAAGAAAAAGAAGAAGGGAAGGGGCAAGAAGGCCAAGAAAGGCAAGUUUGUCCUUCCUCUUCCAGUCUGCUAUAUUCCUGACAACGUGUUUCAACGUCGAAAGGAGGGUGGGCCACCUUAUUAUAUGAUUGAAACUUACCAAAACAUUACAGACUGCAAUAGAUUUAAUCAAGAUCUUCCACCCAGACAUCCCAUUCAGGAUGAUUCUUCCUGGUAUAUUGAUGACCCUGGAAAAAUAUACUGCAAUAUUAAUUAUAUCACUAAAUCUGGAGAUCUGGCAUCCCUGAAAAAGGCAUUUGAAGCAGGAAUACCAGUAGAUAUGAAGGACAGGUUUUAUAAAACUCCAUUAAUGGCUGCAUGCGAAUGUGGAAACAUAGAUGCUGUGAGAUUUCUUCUUGAAAGGGGGGCCAAUGUUAAUGAAACAGAUAAUUUUCUGUGGACUCCACUUCAUCAUGCAUGUCAUGCAGGUCAACAGGAUAUCGUUGAACUCCUUGUUAAGAAUGGAGCUACGAUAGAUGCACCUUCAAUCAACAACUCAACACCUUUAAUGAGAGCCAUUGAAAGCUGUAGGCUGGAUACUGUACAAUAUUUAAUUGAAUUAGGUGCUAAAUUUCAGGCUACAAACAGAAAAGGACAUAAUGCUUUGGAUAUUGCCAAAGCCUAUGCUGACUACAGAAUAAUUGAGUAUAUCCAAGAUAAGAUGGACCGUUUGCCAAAAGCAGUAGAACCAAAAGGAAAAGGUAAACCAAAGCCACCUCCUAAACCUGCAACUCCAGCUAGUGAAGGUCAUAAAGAAGAGGAGUCACUUCCACCAGUUUAUAAUAUUCCACCUGUAAAGGAAGUAAAAGUGCCCAUUAAGGAUAAUGUUGUUCACCUCAAUUCCCUGAUUACCAGUGGAUUUACAAAGAAAGUUAACAUCACAUUCAUACCACGAAGACUCUGGAGCCCUGAAGCUACAACUGCAGAAUUAGUCAAGAGAAGAGAAAUGCGGCGUGAGCGGUUCACUUAUGAGGUGGACUUUGAAGACUUCAUGAUGCCCUUUCAAAAGAACUUCACUGAAAAAGCUAAAGCCAUUGAAGCCUCUAUGGCUUCCUAAUGUAUUUCUAGUCUGUCUUUGGUAAAUGCCUUAAGUCACAACGAUGGGAAUUUAGAGAAGUCAGAUGUUUCUGCAAAGCCAUAUCAUGUCACUUUAAUUUUAAGCUUCAGAUUACAGAUGAGAGCCAACACCCUUUAACAGCUAUAAAUAUUCUGUACUAUAGAAGAACCAUAUUAUUUUUCCGAUGAAUCAUUUUUAAUGUUAGUUAGAUGUUUCAUAUAAUUUUAAUUGGUGGUUUUGUAUGUAAAAUAUACUUAUCCAUAUGGUAUAUCAUUAUGAUAAUAAUGAUAAUGAUUAUGAUAAUCAAUCAAUAAAUAUUUGUUAUACACCUACUAUGU